AUGAGCGAGAUCUGGGUAGUCUUUGGAGCUACUGGCCAACAAGGCGGUGCAGUAGCACGAGCUGUACUGCAAGACACGACGAUCUCAGUACGCGCCGCUACGAGAAAUCUUUCAAGUCCCGCUGCUGCCACCCUUCGCGAUCUUGGCUGCGAGCUUGUACGCGCCGACCUCGAUGACAGGACGUCCCUUAACACCGCGUUGAAAGGCGCGUCUGGAGUUUUCCUCGUCACGACGAACGACGUGGACGAAAAGUACUACGAACGCGAGUUUGCACAAGGGAAGAAUGCAGCUGAUGCUGCUGUUGAAGCUGGCGUCCAGAAGAUGAUCUCCAGCACGCUGCAGUCAGUGAAGAACGCGACGAACGGCAACUUGACGAAAGUGGUGCACUUCGACGUCAAGUACGACAUUGAGCAGUAUAUCCGGAAGAUGCCCAUCGCCAGCACCUUCAUCGCGUUGGGCGCGUUCAUGUCGAAUUUUGCCACCUUUCUUCGGCCUCAAGAUGUCGGCGAUGGGACGUUCGCGAUUAAGUCGAGCAUGCCGGGGUCGACUUUACUUCCUUUGGUCGACGCGACGGAUGUUGGACGCGCUGUCGCGAGGAUGGUGAAGGGGUUUGAUAGGUACCGCGAUCGGACGAUCAACCUGGCUGCAGAGUUGCAGUCGCUGGAUGAGGUGGCAGCCGCGAUUGGGAGGGUGAACUCCAAGGCUGUGAAGUAUGUUCAGAUAUCUCCCGGGGAGUUUCUGGCGCCGUUGUCGAGGCACAAGGCGGAGGAUUGGGCAGAGUUCGCGGUGUUCAUGUCGGAUUAUGGUUAUUUUGGGGAAGAGACAAGGGCUGCGCCGACAGAUGAGCUGGGGGAGUUGACGCGUUUUGAAAAUUACGUGAAGGAGGGGAUUGUGCUUGGAUCGAAGUAA